GUUGCUAUUUCGAUCUCGAGAAAGGCCAAGUCUUGGGCAGUUGUUCUUUCUGGUCUCCUUUUCUCUUUUUGACGUUACCAUUCAUGGCUUCGAAUCAAAAGGUUCGCCGCAUUGUCCUUACGGGCGCUGUCACGGUCAUUACGAUUGCUGGUUCGCUUUAUGGCGCUGGCAUUAAGACCGGGCAACAGGUUACUCAGCAAGCCCAAAAAGCCCAAGAAGUUACCAUUGACGACCGAAUCGACGGCCUCCGAAGUAUGCGACAGAAUCUGGUAUCGAAGAAGGAGCUCGUCGAGAAGCAGCUCCGUGACUUGGACGUGAAGAUCGAGGAAAGAAAGCUGAAGAAUAUGGAUGGACCGAAGAGGGAGCCACCGAAUUAUAAGUAAUAAGGGGAAUUCUUCGAGAAAUUCAGGAGUACAGCAAGCAGGUAGGUGGUUCGUGAAGCCGGGCUGUCAGGAUGUCGUUCUCGAUGCUUAUUGUGGUGUUGGUAGAGGACGCCAAUCUACACAGCCUCCUUGUCAGAAAGCCGCUUUGAGCCUCUGAUUCCUCUGCGCUGCUUGGCUCUGCUAUGUCGUGGCGGUAAUGCAGCCUGCUAGCAC